GUCGCUGUUCGCCUGCCAGGCCAGCCAGCUCGCCUCGGGCUCCGGGAGAGGAGCGUCGCUUCCCGGCCGCACGCUGCACAACCUCCGCUCCGGAAGCCUCCUCCGGCGUCAGCCCGUUGUCGUCGCCGGCGUCCGCGGGUGAGCCAGCCCUGGCGGCGGCGGUGGCGGUGGCGGCGGGUCCAGUGCGAGGACCGAUCGCCAUGGACCCCCAAGCCGCGACGGAGGCUGCGGCCCCGGCCCCGGCGGCUCCGGCGGCCGCCCUGGACGGGCGGCUCGCCUCGCUCGGAGCCGACGGCGGCGAGUCCGAAUCUGGCGCCGGCUCGGAGGACACCUCGGCGGGAUGCUGCAGCGACACGUUCAGCAGCCUGCCCGACAUCGAGCAAGAGAGCUUGGAGGACAAGCUGAGGGGGCUGGCGUUUCGGAAACAGACGUCCUAUCGGAAAGCCAUCUCCCGCUCGGGCCUGCAGCACCUGGGCCCGCCGCAGGGCGCCCUGCCCGCCGCCUCCAACGGGCCCGGCAAGGAGCCUCGCACCUGCAUGGACUGGACGGAGAACGCAGUGAACGGCGACCACCUGUGGAUGGAGACCAGCUGCUCGGGCGAGCUGUGCUACCUGGGAGAGGACGCCUGCCUCGUCAAGGCCGCGAAGUCUGCGCCCAGGAGGAAGUGCGCCGCCUGCAAGAUCGUCGUCCACGCCGGCUGCAUGGAGCCGCUCGAGAAGAUCAACUUCAGGUGCAAGCCGACGUUCAGGGAGGCGGCAUCGCGCUGCCUGAGAGACCAGAACCUGCUGAGGCAUCAUUGGGUGCACCGGCGGAGGCAGGAGGGGAAGUGCAAACAGUGCGGCAAGGUGGCUGGCAAAAUGGCGACGCCUUCUCGUCCCGGCGGCGUGAGCGCCAUCUAUUUUCUGGCCCUGUGUGUUUUUCCGCAGAGCUUUCAGCAGAAGUUUUUCCACAGCAAAGAAAUCAUCGCCAUCAGCUGUUCCUGGUGCAAACAGGCGUUCCACAACAAGGUGACGUGCUUCAUGCUGCGGCAGAUCGAGGAGCCGUGCUCGCUGGGGGCGCACGCCGGCGUCAUCGUGCCUCCGUCGUGGAUCAUCAAAGUCAGGAAACCGCAGAACUCGCUCAAGAACUCGGCCAGGAGGAAAAAGCGCACGUCUUUCAAGCGCCGGACGAGCAAGAAGGGCGCCGACGAGUCCAAAUGGCGACCGUUCAUGCUGAAGCCGCUGCCCUCGCCGCUCAUGAAGCCCAUCCUGGUCUUCGUCAACCCCAAGAGCGGCGGCAACCAGGGCGCCAAACUGCUCCAGAUGUUCAUGUGGAUCUUGAACCCGCGGCAAGUCUUCGACCUGUCGCAGGGUGGCCUUCGAGAGGCGUUGGAUCUGUAUCGGAAAGUGCCAAACUUGAGGAUCCUGGCGUGCGGCGGAGACGGCACGGUGGGCUGGAUCCUGUCCACGCUGGACGAGCUGCAGAUGAACCCGCAGCCUCCGGUGGCCGUCCUUCCUCUGGGAACAGGAAAUGACCUCGCCAGGACGCUCAACUGGGGCGGGGGCUACACGGAUGAACCCGUGUCCAAGGUCCUGGGCCACGUGGAGGACGGCUCGGUGGUGCAGCUGGACAGGUGGAACCUGCAGGUGGAGACCAGCGGCGGCGAGCGGCCGCCCGAGGACGCCGCCCAGAAGCUGCCGCUGAACGUCUUCAACAACUACUUCAGCCUGGGCUUCGACGCUCACGUCACGCUAGAGUUCCACGAGUCCAGAGAGGCCAACCCCGAAAAGUUCAACAGUCGCUUCCGCAACAAGAUGUUCUAUGCGGGAGCCGCCUUCUCCGAUUUCCUCCAGAGAAGCUCGAGGGACUUGUCCAAGCAUGUCCGAGUGGUGUGCGACGGCACCGACUUGACUCCGAAGAUCCAGGAUUUGAAAUUCCAGUGCAUCGUGUUCCUCAACAUUCCCAGGUACUGCGCGGGGACCGUGCCGUGGGGGAACACCGGCGACCACCGCGACUUUGAGCCGCAGCGCCACGACGACGGCUGCAUCGAGGUCAUCGGCUUCACCAUGGCCUCGCUGGCGGCGCUGCAGGUGGGCGGGCAUGGCGAGAGGCUGCACCAGUGCCGAGAGGUGGUCCUCACCACGUUCAAGACGGUGCCGGUUCAGGUGGACGGCGAGCCGUGCCGACUGGCGCCGUCCACGCUGCGCAUCUCGCUGCGCAACCAGGCCAACAUGGUCCAGAAGAGCAAGCGGCGAACUUCGGUGCCCCUGCUCAACGAUAUUCAGAAGGUGUGUGCAGCUGAUCUGCGCCGCCUCUCUGCUCCCCCCGACUCCUUCUCUGUCCCUCACGCCGUCCCCGAGCGACUUCGGCUGCGGGUCAACCGGAUCUGCCUGCAUGAGUACGACCGGCUGCAGUACGACAAAGAACGGCUCCGGGACAUCUCGGUCCCGGUGGGCAUCGUGGUGGUGAGGGGCGACUGCGACUUGGAGACGUGCAGACUCUACAUUGACAGACUGCAAGAGGACUUGCACCAGGCGCCCCCUCUUGGCCACAGAGUGCAUUACCAGGAUGAAAGCCGGGGGAUGCUCAGGACCACCUCGGCCAGCAGACUCUCUUCCAGCUGGAGCUUCUUGGAUUCCACAUCAGCCGAUCGCUUCUAUCGCAUCGACAAAGCUCAGGAGCACCUUCACUUUGUCACGGAAAUUUGCCAGGAGGAGGUGUUCAUCCUGGACCACGAGGGCCCCGCGGGGGCCCAGGCGUCGUCGGCCGGGAUGCCCGACCUGGUCGUGGAGCCCAACGUUGGUGCGCCUUUGACUCCCGAGGAACAAGCGCUGUUGACGGCCGCCAGCUCGGGCGAUCUCUCCAUGUUGUCGGAGUGCGUUCAUCACGGCGUCAGCCUGCUGGUGCGAGACGCCGCCGGUUGCUCGGCGCUGCAUAAAGCCUCGCAGAAAGGCCACGCCAAGUUGGUCGUCUUCAUCCUCCAGCGGGGAUCCAAAGUGCUUCUUGACCUGCCAGACAGAGAAAAAGGGGACACUGCCUUGCACAAAGCCGCCUUGGAGAAGCAGCACGCUGUGUGUCGACUGCUGGUGGAGGCCGGUGCGUCGCUUCAGAAAACCAACUUUCAGGGGAAGACGCCAGUGGAGCAAGCGGCGGGCGACUUGGAGCUGACCUCCUACCUGAGCAGCCAAAAAACACCUUCGGCCCCCCACGAGGACUUGGAGACGGCGGUGUGACGCACGGGCACAUUUUUUCACACGUGGGCGGUGGCGAAGGGCUGCGUCCGAAAGCGAACACUCGCAGCUCAGACGCCAGCAGUGUAGACGGUGGCGUACGGCCCGCCUAUUUAUUUUGUAUUUAUUUAUUGAGAUUUGUAUUUAUUCUGGCCGGACGGUUGGUUGCGAUGGUUGCGGUGGACCUGCAUCUCAUCAUGAGUUCCGAGCGGAACUGAGUGCAAAAAGUCUGUCUCAAGAGUCGGCGCAUUGAAGUGUUUCCACCCAUCCGAGCCUUUGUGCCAAAGACCGGGAGAGACAUUUGAUUUGGAUUUCUUUGACCGAUAUGCACAUGACGAUGGCUGCUGUGUGACUGUGUUUGUGGGCGAGGCCUGUUCGAACCUACACCUUCGUCAAUCGAAUAGAAACUUUAUAUUCCAUUUAUUCUCACUACCGUUGGUUGUGCAUGGCCUUUUCUGACCUCACCAUUGAUUACUUUCCAGUAUUGGCAGACACAUGCAUUAUUAUGAUUAUUAUUAUUAUUAUGAUGGUUAUUGUUUCAACUCUUAAAUUAUUCUUCGGAGUGUUUAAUGCCUGGUUUUCGUCCGGGGUUGUUUUUGUAUCGCUGCUGAAGAUGACUUGCAGUGUUUUGUUUGGGUUUUAUUUGGAAAGAGAAGCUUUCUGUCUCUUCUGCUUCUUUGGUUGGAUUGCAUGUUUCCACUCUUUCCACGGUCACAAUCAUCCACACUUAUUUCUGCUUUCUGGUCCCGGGAUUCAAAAUGUUCACAGACUAUGAACACUUUACAUUUUAAAUAAAAAGAUACGCUGAUCUUUGCUGAA